AUGGCGUUCAUACGACCGGAGGAAAUCAACGAAUACGUCAUUCCAUGGCUACAAAAAAUGCAAAAACAGAUCAAUCGCAAAGGAGAUGAAUUAGACAAAGAGGACGAUGCAAGAUCACCCAAGGAGACGAGGCGCGCACGCCAGCCAACAGGACCUGACGGUGCUGUCGCUAUGGGAAUUCCAGUUGCACUUGACGACAAAAUUCAUCUCUACAACGCUAUGCUGCAGCUAGGCCUGCCCAAAUCCGUGCAACUGCCACUCAUCGACAAAAUCGUCAUGCAGAUGUACAAAACCAAACUCAAUGCGUGUCAUCUCGCCACUCUAGAGCAUACAGUCGGGCGCUUUUACUCCAGGGGUGUUGCUGUCCUUGACCCAGUUCUUUGUCAUUUCAUCGGAACGUAUCCUCGCAGGACCUUGCAAGAUCGCAGAAAUGUCAGACCUCCAUAUGAAAGCGAUACUGAAUCAUCGGAUGAUACGGAUAAGCCCGGCGAACAACCGCCAGAAGAAGCGCAAGAUGCUGAUAAUCAGUCGGGAGAAGAACCACCAACACCAGCACCAGAACCAUUCGACUUCAAGAACUCGGAGAGAAAGUACCUCACUCACUGGCCCCGUCCCGCGGGCCGUGCAAAACCCUAUCACAAAGAUACAUUUCUUCUCCCCCCUGAGCUGCCUGUCAUCGGUCAUAGUAUAAAGCAUUGGUCCGGAGUCCGCAAGAACGGUAGCACAGCUGCGGCUCAUAACGGGUUUCCUCUCAACAUUGGAAAAUACAAGAAGUUUAUUCGGAGAAACACGACGGAUGUGAUUAGCGCAGAUGACUACUACGAAGAAGAGACAAACCGACUGGCACAUCAGAAGGACUACGAAGACAAUGGUCCGGGGGAGGGUAACUGA